GGUGGGACUGCAUGUGUCAAACACCCAGCGCUGGCAAAUCCAAUCCACCCCUUUACAAAUCAUAUGGCUUAGCUUGGCAUAUGUGACCGGUUUGGUCAGCCGGACUUCGCAAACUCUUUCUGCCUUUAAUUUCUGCAUCCUGCAAUGCACCCUGGGACUUCUCUGUGACCUUGUUUCCCUGGAAGCAUGGCAUCGGACAACCGGGCUGGACAUGCCGCUGAAGAGGCAGGGUCUCUCCCGCUGGACAUCGACAACAUGCACAUGCUUCUGCAAGUUGAACAGGAGCAGAUUCAGAAGAGAACAUUCACCAAUUGGAUCAAUGCACAGCUCUCCAAGAGGAAGCCGCCAUGUGCAGUGCUAGACCUGUUUAGUGAUUUGAGGGAUGGGUCUCGGCUGCUGGACCUGCUGGAGGUUAUGAGUGGUCAGAGAAUGAGUCGGGAGAAAGGCCGAGGUUUCUUCCAGGAAAGAAGCAACAUCGAGACAGCCCUGUCCUUUUUAAGGAGGAAAUCAAUCAAACUGGUAAACAUCCACAUUCCUGACAUAAUUGAUGGCAAGCCCUCCAUCAUCUUAGGUCUUGUGUGGACCAUCAUCCUCCACUUUCAUAUUGAGGAGCUGGCCAGCACGCUGUCCUUCACCUCACGCCAGUCCUCCAUAGAGUCACUGGCCAGCCUGGACUCUAACUCAGUGGCCAGCAGCAGCUCUGCCCCCCGCCAUGGCUCUCCCCUGCACACACGCUUUCGCAUCUCUGCCAAGAAGGCCUUGCUGCUGUGGGUCCGUGAACAGUGUCAUAGGGCCGGUUGUACCCUCAAUGUCAAAGACUUUAAAUCCAGUUGGCGGAGCGGUGUGGUCUUCCUGGCCAUCCUACACUCCCUUCGUCCCAACCUGGUGGAUCUGUCCAAGGCCUGGAACAGAACCAACAGGCAGAACCUGGAAGAAGCUUUCCGGAUCGCAGAGAAGGAGCUGCACAUCCCCAGGCUCCUGGAACCUGCAGAUGUAGACAUUAGAGACCCAGAUGAAAAGUCCAUAAUGACUUACGUGGCUCAGUUCUUACAGUACUCAAAAGAAAUGCCUGUAUCAGAGGAAGAAAUGCAGACACAUUACUUGACAACUCCUAAGUGCCUCUCUCCUAUCAGCCUUCCCACGCACUUCACCCCUGCUGUUGGUGCCUCCUCCCUGCGCCAGACCUCUGCCAAUGAGAAGGCCAGAGAGGUGACCGGCUGGCUGCUGCAAGCCUAUGAGGAACUUCUAGAGGGGUGGGAUUCCACAGAGGGAGAGAGCUAUGCUGAGAGGUACCACGUCUUCCAGACCUUCUUGACAUCUUUUAAUGAACAACGGAGGCCAGUUAUGCCCCUGCUGACCGCCAUGCGCCGAACCCCCCAGCUGAGCAAGGAGCAGCGUGCCCUGAGGAGUGCUUGGGAUUCGCUGGCAGAGAAGCUGCGGAAAUACAAAACAGAGCUGGACCUGAACCUGCCUGGUCCCCUGGACUCUGUGGGCCACUGGCUGCUGCGUGUGGAGGAGGUGCUGGCGACAGAGAUUGGUGAUGCCCAAGACCAUGACCAAGCUUCUCAGGAGGCCCGGAGCAAGCUGGACCUUCUCAAGACAUCAUUGGAGGAGAUGGGUUUUCAGCUGAGGACUGUCAAGACUUUCCACAACAUGGAUGAAUACGGGGCUAUUUUGGUGCCCACAGACAAGCUGGAUGAGCUCAAGAGAAGGUUCACUAGUAUAAGGGUUACAGCCAAGUACCACAGCAUCAAGCUGGAGUACCAGGAAUACCGGCACAUGGUUCUGCAUCUGCUGGGCCGGAUCACAGAUAAGCUGCGGACCUGGAAGAGACCCUGCAGCUCCCAGGAGGCUGUGCGUGUGCUCCUGCAGGACUGGCAUGACACUGUGGAGAAGGAGGAUCUGCUUUCCCUUCUGGAGACCAAUCUGCUGAAGCUGAAGCUGAUAGCCAGCAGAUACACAAGCAAGUCAGCACUCGCUGCUGACAACAAACAGAUCAGCCAGCAGGUGAAGGAGGCAGAGACUGAGGCUGCAGCCAAAAUGGAGGAUGUCCCAACAGCGAGGGCCUCCUUGGGACGUGUUUUGUCUGCCUGGGACUCCUACCAUGAGGCCAGCAGCUCUAUACAUGCCUGGCUGCAGCAGGACACUCAGUCCCAUUUCCCCUCCCAGACACUAGAGGUGACCCCUGAAGCGACAGCCGAGUGGAAUUCCCUCCAGACGCACCUAAAUGAGGUAGGGGUUUUCCUGACUGAGGUGACUGAUCCACGGACGAGCCGUCUCUUGGCUGACGAGCUACAUAAGGUUAACACGCAGUGGGCUGACUUUGUGAAGAGAAACAAAUUAGCUGCGGUUUCCCAGCCUGGCAGCAGCCACGAAAGUCCCCAGGCUGUUCAGGCCCUGGUGCGGGAAGCUGCCCAGCUGAUGAAGGAGCCUGUGGAGGUGUCAUCCGGACCCCUGCGCACGUAUCGAAAGAGGCUGCAGUUUAUGUCGAAGAGGUUUGAGAAGGUAGACCUGGAAGAUCUUGUCCCAUCCCUAGACUGUACUUCUGAGAUGUUGCAGAAACUCAGACUCUCACUCCCUGAGGUGAUGCACACAAUUUGUGAGGCAGAGAGUGUCUGUGAGGAGCUGCAGCGGAGUGUGUCUGGACUAGACAGCCGACUGGCUGAGUUGCAACUUUGGGAGGUAGAGGCCAGAGAACUGUACUGCCACCUGCUGGAGGGGGAGGUCAGGUACAGCAGGGGGCAGGAUCCAAGGGCCAGGGACAUGAUAUCUCGUGGACUGCAGCUGGAGGGCCAGGUGGUGACAGAGGAGCAGGACCUGCAGGUCAUGGUUAUGUCAGCGCAGAAGAACUCGCCAUUGCAGUAUCUGAUCGCAACUGUGAUGCAGGAUAGAGUGAGAGCGGCUGUGGCCCAGUCUCAGGAGGCUGUAGGGUUGCUCAGCUCUGUGGGAUCCAGACGAGACAGGAGUUCCACCGGAGAUCAGCCACCGCCUAAGAUUUUUGUACAAAUGUGCACUGAAGAAGGAUCAGAAAUGCCUGGCCAUGUUCAGGCACAGACCCUGCAACCCCAAGCUCUGCCACGGGAUGAACCCCAUCUUUCUUAUCUAUCUGGAGACCAUGCAGAGCCCCAGGAUGAGUCUCAGUCCCCACCUGACUUUACUCAUAAUUACACGGAGCUCCCACCACAGGUGCAAACCUACUCAUAUUUGCAGGGUAUGACUGAGGCCCAGCUGCCACCCCAACUUCAGCCAGAACCCAUUCAGCCUAGUGUAUUUACCCAGACCAAGAAUCAGCAGCAACCUCAAACUAAACCUCAAGCCCAAACUGAACCCAAAAGUCCUCAACGACAAAUCAGCACCAGACCCUGGGCUAAUAAAAACCCAGAGAGCCAAGUCCACACUGUAUCCUGGGUCUAUAACCAGACUCAGUCACCCUCCCCAGCUUCCUCCCAAACUUCAUCUGAAGACCAGACCCAAGGUUACCCUCAGCCUCAGUUGCAAUCUGCUCCUUGGCGCCGCAUAGAAGCUGAAUCAUCUUUCACAGCUUCAUCCACAACUAAGGCUGAAGCCCCAACACAUGGCUAUAAUCAACCAUGGGCUCAGGCUCAGUCCCAGGUUCCACCUAAAUCCUUAGCCUUAACCCAACUUGAAUCACAGGCCCAAACCUUGCCUCAGAUAUGGAUUCAGAGUCAACCUCUGGUCCAGGACCAAACCCAACCCCAGUCCCAACCCCAGUCCCAGCCCCAGUCCCAGCCCCACUGUAUACCUGCCACCAGGGUUCCAGUUCUCGCACAGGCCCCUCCCCGGGCCUACACUGAGGCCUAUGCUAAGGCACAAGCGCUUGCUAGGGACAGGUUUGAGGAAGCUAAACAUUGUUUACAAGACCACAUCCUAGAGACUAUUAUGGCAUUCAAUGAUAAAAGUAUCUCUGAAGAGGAAGUCAUAAAAAAGGAGGAGACCCUGAGGACACUAGACCCUGAGCUCUUGGAGGAGUUCCUGAGGGCAGCAGAGGGUAUGGAAGCCUUCUGCACCGAGGCUCAGCUCAGAGACCUGGAGUUCUUCACGCAGUCGGUCCAGACGCAGUGGGAGGCGUGUCUGUCUGCAGAGGGCAGCCUGGAGCAGGCCGGGCGGCACCUGGAAGCCCUGCGAGAGCUGUGUGACACCCUGAGCCCAGAAGAUGCACACCGCCUGGCGCAGGCCCAGCUCCGGGAGUGCGAGAGGCGGCUGGCUGCCAUCCAGCGCCAGUUCAGCGGGGACAGUGACACACCCUCUGCAGGCUUAGGGUUUCCCACAGCGCCCAUGGAAAGCGACACGCAACAAAAAGUGUCUGUUCUGACGGCCAGUUCUCCAUAUAGCCCUGUCAGCUCAGAGAUGACUGUUGGUUUAGCAAGCUUUGAACAGAGGCAACCGACUGAGAAGCUGGUUUCCAAACAGGAAAUGCUGAACAACUAUCGGGCUUCCAGGACCACACUCCAGGCUCAGCUGGCUAAAGUCCAGCAGCGUAUGUGGGCGGAGCUUACCCCAGGUCCCGCCUCCUUAGCUGGCUUGCACUGCCUGCUGCAAGAAGUACAGAAUCUGAAACAAGAGACAGAAGAGCUCUGGGCGGAUUUCAAACUCCAGUCAUCCCAUUGUUCCCAGUUAAAAGAGGAGGGGCCUGCCCUGGAACAGGACCUGCAUCAGCUGGUGCAGCAAUGGGAGAAGCCAAAGAUUGUUCUUAAGGAGAGAAUGAAGUCUCUGAAGGUGGCCCUGGGACUGCUCGACUCAGUGGAGGGCCAAUUCAAGCACAUCGCUGAACGUCUCCACCACUUCAUAGGGAGACCCAGGGACAUCAGUGCUCUGAGGCUGCCUGAUGAUAACUCCCUGCAGGAAGCGAAGGAACUGCAGGAGAGCAUUCAGCAUGAGAUGGAUCAACUAUCAAGUUUGCAUCGUGACGGGGGACAAGCACUUCACAGCUUAUAUCCCCCGGACCGACGCCCCGUAACUUUCCUGGCAAAAGGAUUCAGGCAGAGUCUGGACCAGCUGAGGCAGCGGGUGAGGCAGUGUGAGGCGGCCAUCCGGGCUUUGGACUGCUUUCUUGUGUCACUCCAUGCUCUGGACCAGGACAUCGGCACUGUGUGGACAUGUCUCAGCGAUGACGCGGCCAUUAUACAGGACUGUCGGGCUCGACUGGCCGUGCUUCGGCAGAAUGUGCAGGGCGUGGGGGCCAAGGCGCCCGAGCUGGACCAGCUUCUGCAGGGGGCCCUUAUGGUAUUGAACCCGGCCAGCUGUGCGGACACCGUAGCAGCACUGCAACGGAGGCUGGAGGAGGCAGACACAAAUCUGGCCAGGAGACAUCAGGAUCUGCAGCGGGAGCACGAGCGACGGGCCCUGGGGCUGAGGAGGAGGACCCUAAAGGGGGCGCUGUAUGAGGUGCAAGCCGCGGCUGAGCGCCACGGCCUGAAGGAGCCCACGAUGCCAGCUGUGCAGCAGAGGAUGCGGGCCCUGACUGACUUGGAGAACCUGUUGGCUGCAUAUCAAUCCGAGCUGCAGAGCCUGCGAGAUGCAUCUGCGCAGCUGACGCCCAGAGUUGAUCAGGAGGGCUAUGAUCCCAUGGAGGAAUUGGAGAUUCAGUGGAAAGACUCAAGGAGAGCAGUGAUGGAACGGCAGGAGCAGUGCCGUGUACUGAUGGAUCUCCUGAAGAAGUUCCAGAGUUGUCGCAGUCGCCUGGGCAACACCCUUCAGAGGGCGGAGCAAACCAUCAGCGAGCAGGCCUCCUACAUGGGCAAGGACAACCUGCAGCGUCUUAUCGCCACGGUGCAUGGUAUCAAAGAGGACCUGGGGGCCCUUGGGGAGGGGGUGGAGGAGAUUCGGGGGGUUUGCAGACAGCUGCAGUGUCAUCUGAAGAAAAUACCUGACUGUGCAGACGCCCCCUAUGAGAGCGAGGCCAAUGCACUGGUGGAUCGCUGGUUGGAUGUGUCAGAAAAGACGGACACACACAUGGACAACCUACGGGUGGCAUUGGAACUUUGGGACAAACUGCUCCUGAUUGGGAGUGAGGUGGACAACUGGAUGGGGAGCAAAUUAGCCAUGUUUGCAGAGUCACAGCCCUUUCAGAAUGAGCAGGAUGUCAUAACCAUGCAGGUUGACAUUGUGAGUCAAGAAGAAAGUAUCAACCAUUUUCACAGGAAGUCUGCUGAGAUACAGGAGCUUCUUCAAAGCAAGGAGCCACCUCUGGAGUUACAGGUGAUAGAAACCCAGCUAUGGAAGAAGUUGGAGCAAGUAAAGGAGCUUUUCUCUGAGAGCAGCGACGUCUUUCAGGACCUUAUGGUGGUGAGGGAGAGGAUCGCGGAGAGGAUGGCAGAGUGCCAAGCGUCUUUGCGGGCAAUCCAGUCUUCCCUUAGCAUGCUCAAUGCCACGGAUGAGCUGCAGACACUCAGCCAGAUACAGGUGCUGUCCACGCAGCUGCGGACUCAGAUGGAGCAAGCGGACGCCUUGCUGCAGGAGGUCAGCCUUAUGGCCAGUGUGGCCAGCCCUCAAGCCUUGGAGGCCCUGGCAGCCGAUGGAGUCCGGCUCAAAGAGAGCGUGCACGCCACCCAGGAGCUGAUUGGUCAUAAGAGGGAGCAGGUGGAGAAGGGCGUCCUCAAGGUCAUCGAUGACGAGUGUCAGGCCUUUGACCAGUGGUUCCAGGACCUGCAGCUGUCGGUGAAUGAGUACUUUGAGAACCCGGAGCAGAGGCAGGACUUGGAGACAUCUGUUGAGAAACUAGCUGACUUCUUAGCUUACCAGGAGGGGGAGAAGAGACUCAACAGUCUGAAGGAGCAGGUCACUAGAGCGCAGGAACGGCUCCCCCGGGGACAGGCAGAGGAGCUCCGUUCCUGGUUGGAAGAGCAGGAGGAAGAGCUGGCUACGUUCCGAGCGCACUGUCAGGACCGACACAAGCAGCUGGAGACCUGUGUACAUACACUCAACAGCUUGCAGGUAGAGUCAAGUCAUCUCAGUGAAUGGCUGCAGAGCAAGGAACACAAGUCAGCACAAGGCUGCGAACUUAGCCAUCUGCAAGAGGAAGUAAUUGGUCAAAGUGGCUCUUUUGAGAACCUUGCAGACCUGGUUGAGUCUGUGCGGAGGCAGGGCCUGCGAGGUGACCGUCUGCUGAGGGACAGUAAUGACCUGCUGAACCGGUACCACAGCCUGCAGACCAAGCUGCACAAUCAAGUUGAGGCAGAAAAUGCCCUGACAAAGGAGAUCCAAGCCUUCCAAAUUCUUGCUGAUAGCACUCGAUUCUGGAUCAAAACCCUGCAGCAGCAAGUACAUGACUUGAGCACAAACGGUGAACGUGACAAGGUCCAGACUGAGACGCGGCUACAGGAAGUCCAGAAUCUCCUCAGUCUGAGGGCUGAAGGAGAUGCCAGGCUGCAGGACCUGAGGAGCAGUGGGCAGGAGCUGUCAGAGCGGCAGGACUUGGAGGAGAGCAGGAGGACUGAAGUCCUGCAAAUACUGCAUGAUGCUGAGCAGGAGUGGAAAGCAGUCAUGCAGUCUGCAGAGGAAUUGCAUAGUCAAGUAGAGGCACAGAGAACCCUGGCCAUAGAGAACCAGGCCUUCCAGACCCUGGCAGAUGGAACUUUGGCCUGGAUCAGAGACCUGCAGCAGCAAAUGGAGCCUCUGGACAGAGGCAGUAAAGGCAACCAGCCAGAAAUUGAGGAGCAACUGCAGAGAGUCCAGGAUCUCCUCAGCCUGAGGGCUGAAGGAGAUACCAGACUGCAAGAUCUGAGGAGCAGUGGGCAGGAGCUGUCAGAGCAACAGGACUUGGAGGAGAGCAGGAGGACUGAAGUCCUACAGAUACUGGAUGAUGCAGACCAAGAGUGGAAAGCAGUCAUGCAGUCUGCAGAGGAACUGCACAGCCAUGUAGAGGCACAGAGAACCCUGGCUAAAGAGAACCAGGCUUUCCAGACGCUGGCAGACGGAACUUUGGCCUGGAUCAGAGACCGGCAGCAGCAAAUGGAGGCUCUGGACAGAGGCAGUAAGGGCAGCCAGGCAGAGAUUGAGGAGCGACUGCAGAGACUCCAGGACUUCUUGAGUCUCAGGAUUGAAGGAGAUGGAAGGCUACGGGACCUGAGGAGCAGUGGGCAGGAGCUGUCAGAGCGGCAGGACUUGGAGGAGAGCAGGAGGACUGAAAUCUUGCAGAUUUUGCAUGAUACAGAACAAGAGUGGAAAGCAGUCAUGCAGUCUGCAGAGGAACUGCGCAGCCAUGUAGAGGCACAGAGAACCCUGGCCAUAGAGAACCAGGCCUUCCAGACCCUGGCAGAUGGAACUUUGGCCUGGAUCAGAGACCUGCAGCAGCAAGUGGAGGCUCUGGAUAGAGGCAGUAAGGGCAGCCAGGCAGAGAUCGAGGAGCGACUGCAGAGAGUCCAGGAUUUCUUGAGUCUCAGGAUUGAAGGAGAUGCAAGGCUGCGGGACCUGAGGAGCAGUGGGCUGUCAGAGCGGCAGGACUUGGAGGAGAGCAAUAGGACUGAAGUCCUGCAGAUACUGCAUGAUGCAGAACAAGAGUGGAAAGCAGUCAUGCAGUCUGCAGAGGAACUGCGCAGCCGAGUAGAGGCACAGAGAACCCUGGCCAUAGAGAUGCAGGCCUUCCAGAACCUGGCAGAUGGAACUUUGGCCUGGAUCAGAGACCUGCAGCAGCAAAUGGAGGCUCUGGACAGAGGCAGUAAGGGCAAACAGGCAGAGAUUGAGGAGCGACUGCAGACAGUACAGGGUCUCCUCAGGCUGAGGGCCGAAGGAGACGCCAGGCUGAAGGAGCUGAGUAACAGUGGGCAGGAGCUGUUAGAGCGACAGGGUCUGGAGGAGAGCAGGAGGACUGAAGUCCUGCAGACUCUGCAUGAUGGAGAGCAGGAGUGGAAAGCAGUCAUGCAGUCUGCAGAGGAGCUGAAUAGCCUUUUGCAGGGUGUGAGUGAACGGCUACUGUCCUGUCUGUGCCAGAAGCAGCAGGCCCAGACCCGCUUGGAGCAGCUCCAGAAGCUGACUGCAGGUGUCCCCCGCUUGUUCCCUUGGCCCGGGCUAGGGGAUCGCCGUUUGGCUGCAGAACUGGCUCAGUCCCUGCUGGACGGCUCCAUGUCGCUGGCCCCCACGCUUUCUGCCCUACAGGCCCAGGGGAUGGAACUCUUUCAGCUCACUCAUGAUCCUAGCUGGACUGACCCCUCCUGGGCUGAGCUUGUUGACUCUAUUCCUCCUUUGGUGAAAGACCUUGAGGGGCUGUGUCAGGACCUGAAGGAGGGCAUCCGUGUCGAGCGGGAAUGUGCCCAGCUCGUGGAACAGCACAGCGCAGCACAGGACUGGCUCCAUGACCAGGUCUCGGCAAUUGGUGCCCUGUCUGACAGUAGACAAGACCUGCAGAGCAUGGUCAAUACACUGAAGGCCUUGAUGCAGACUGCAGACAGGGAGGAGAAGGAGUUGAGAGACCUGGAGGUGGUGAAAGACUCCCUGUGGGGCAGCUGUAGCCCCAGUGGGCAGAUGACCCUGGCUGCGGAGGUGGGCCACCUGCAUGAGCUCCGAGCCUCCUCUGUGGAGGCGCUGCAGGAGCGGCUAUGGGAAUGUGAGGUCCGGUUGCGGGAGCUGGAUGAGCAGUUGGCCUCAAGAGUCCAGGCCUUGAGAGGAGAGACCUCCAGCCUGCAGAGGGCGCUGCAGGAGCAGAGUGAGCAUCUGGCUUAUAGGGGUCAGCUCGCAGAUCUCAGCCAGGUCCAACAACACUGGCAGUGUCUGAAGGACUGUGAAGGACAUCUGGAGGAGCUUGGAAGGCAAGUGGAUAGACUGCAGCUAGCUGCGGGGUCAGAGGGUGCAGAGGGAGAGCUUCCCAUGGAUGUGAUCACCACUGUGGCUGGCCUGGCUUUGGAGCACAGCAGGCUCAGAUCCAUGCUCACAGAAAGGCAGGCUGACUGUUCAGAGGAGUCGGCUCGCUGUUUGACGGAGUCUCUCCAGGCUCUGGAGCAGUGGGUCCAGUCCGCAAGCACAAUUCUGCCCACUGAGUCGGCACUCUCCAUCCAGGCGACUCUCAUAGACGGAGAACAGCUGUUGAACAGCCUGCAGGGCGCACUGUCGCAUAGCCCAUUCCUGAUGAACCUGCUGGGUACAGACAGGGCGGGCCGGCUGGAGACGGCAGGGAACGAUGCCCUAAAGGAGGCCACUGCUCAGGUUCACACUCUGACUCAGAGCCUUCAGGAUCUUGCAAAGAAAGAGAAAUCGGAAGAACAGAAAAGCACAACUUUGACACAGGUUAGCCUUGCUGGUGAGGAUGCCAAUACUGUGUCCCCCGAGGGCUCUACCACUGAUGCUACGAUGGACCUCCCAAGGUUCCUCUUUACCUUGCCUUCCUUGCAAGAAACUGAGGUGUCCUCACAUGAGGGCAAGCAGGUCGAGCCACAUCCCUGCAAGAUGAGCGCUGCAGACACGCAGCCCAUGCCACCUCCACGCAUCAAGGUCCAGCAUAAAGGUCCCACAGCAGUCAGUACAACUGCUAGCCAGCAGUCCAAUGCUACUGUCACAAUAACAGAUGCUCAAACCCUGGAGUUAAUUACCCAGGAGAGGACAGAGAACAUAUUGAGUUUUGAUGAUCGGGGCAUUGUAAUAAUGGAGUGUAGCACUGCAAAGCAGAUGAGCCAAGACACUUAUACUUCCAGUCCUGAAGUGAGUAUGGUCAUUGAUGGACAGACAGAGCAUGCUACUGCUCUCGAUCAUGGUUCUUUGUCAGUAGAUGAGAAGAAUAUUCAGGCUGCUCAGUCAGAUAAGAUGACUGGGCUUGUUCUGGAUACUGAGAUGCUACAUGUUCAAACAACAGACACAUGGCAGGCAGUAAACACUGAGAAUGUGCACAUUGCUGCCUCUGGGACAGUGAAAACUGACAUGGCAGCCACAGACACUACCAAGGAGCAACCUAUUGUUCCUGAUAUAUCUAUGCAGCCUUCCCACAGUAUGGACAGUGUCAGAGAGGAUACACAAUCCAGCACUGCCCUUCGCCAGAAAAUAUUGCUAGAUGUUAGCACAUUGCAAGGGGAGGCCACAGUUGGUGAGCAAAUCUCGAUUUCACCAUUUGAGCAAGAGCUUGAUCAAAAGAUAUUGGCUACAGCUUCACCAAUCCCACCCACAGAGAGACAGGAAGUUGAAAUGCUGCUCCACAGUGACACUGAACCUCAGGUAACGGAGCAGAUGAUUAUUGCUUUGGAAUUAAAUGAAUCUCUAAAGGAGGUUUGUACAUUAGCCGAUGCACAACAUUUGAAGAUUGUGGAAAGUUUGGACCAAGAGGAUGAAAAACAGUGCAAAAGUAAGGUUCAGAGUGACAGGAACUUCAAGAAUAAUGAACAGCCAACUGAGGAACCGCCUACUGCAGAUGGAGUGUCACCACUUAUUGAAACACGGAAGGACAGAAUCCCUGAAUCUAUACAGGAGCCACGUGUGGACGAUUCUGUGGCAGAGAGCAUCACAGAGGCUGGAAAUGAGCUGGCUCAUGGACUGGAAGCUGUAUUUGUCCAGGCUCAGGGGCCUGUAGCUCCUCCUAGGCGACGAUCAAAAGAGCAGAAGGUCCAGGGGGAGUCUAUGGUGAAUGGGAAAACGGAAAUACCUAAAAUGCAACAGCCUAACAAAAGCCUGAAGGCAGGCGAUGAGAUCCCUGCUGAAGCCAGGGAGGGGCUCAGCACAGAAGGUCUUCCACAAGAACCCUGCAUUGAGUCUGCCAUGCACAAGAUCUUUGUAAAGGUCGAGCAGCUGGUAGAGACGGGACCGAACCAUUGUUUCAUCUGGGGGGAGCCACUAGGGACAGGUGCAGACACCCUGGAUAUCUCGGACAGGGACCUGGAGGCCCGACUGAGCAGGGUGGUCUUCACAGCCCUGAGCUGUCAGAAUCGGCCUGCUGAGGUUGAUGCUGCUGCCAUGGCCCAGCAGGUGGAGCAGGCUGAGGCUUGCAGGGUGUCUGCAAAGGAGCAGCUGGCCUCCUUAAACCUCCAGGCAGUGUCUGAGGGUGAAGGCACAGAGGCCAUGCGAUUCGCUGAGACACAGUGGACCGAAGCCUUAUGGGAUGCCGAGGCUGCCGUUUGCACCAAGGACCGCCAGCUGCAGCUCUCCACGCAGCUUCAGAAGCUGGCCCAGGCUGCCAGGGCCACACUGGAGAGACUGGCGACAGAGUUUGAAGCCUUGACAUUAAUGCCCAUGGAGAGCAGCCCACAAAGAGCAGCGGAGCUAAAGGCUUUUUUGCAAAACAUGGAGCAGGAGAGGUCCGUGCUGGGAGAACUACUGCAGAUCCAUGCCCAAAUGUGGCCUUAUCUGGGCCCGCCAGAUCGAUCAGUAAUUCAAUCCCAGCUGGAUGGGCUGCAAGAGGAGUGGAGGAUCCUGAGGAGAGCUGCAGAGACAUCUCUGUACCGCCUCUCUGUCCUCAACCAGGAGGUCAGCAGUUUUCUCUUGGAGACCCAGGACCUUCACCAUCAGAUUGAGGCGCUAGAGAAGAUCCUGGGCCCUUCUCAGGCUACUCCUGUACAGUGGAACGGCAAGAGAGCUGAGGAGCUAUUGAUAGUGGGCGCAGACUUGGCAGCUGCCAGCCAGUGGUAUCUGCACUUGCAGCACACGGCUGAAGCUCUUGAACAGGCCUCUCCAGGUGAAACAGAGAAGAGGAAUAUUUCUCUGGCCCUCCAGGGUGUGAAGAAGGAGCUGGACCAUGUGCGAGACCAGCUCUCUGCACAAAUGCCAUGUAGCUGUGAUGCCACAAUUGUUAAAAUCAUGAAAGUGAUGGAAGAGGCAUUCACUGCAGUGAAGCAAAUAGAAAAAAACACUGAAGCUGAGAAGAAGGUGGCCCUUCUCCCACAAGAGGUCCAUCGGCAAAUCAAAGCUUUAAAGAAGCUUCAGGCAGACUUUGCAGCUAAGCAAGCUCAGUUGGAAUGUCUGGUGGAGGAAGUGAAGGAGCUGACGGCCAAACUGCAGGAAGCUGACAUUCCUGUGGUGCUGUCUUCGCUCAAAUUCCUGGAGGAUCUGUCUCAGUCGACUUCGGAAAAGCUAGCCCGAACCUUGCAGAUGGUGGAAUCUGGCUUGCAGGUGAGAGAAAAAAUGUCUGUUCAAAUUACAGACGUAGAUGCCUGGGUGGUGGCCCAUAUCAGGGCAGAGGCUAUUAUGGAAGUCCCUGGUGACAGCAGGACAGUUGACUUGGAUCAUAGACUUUGGCAGCUCCAAGAUACUCUCCAAGAGGCUGAUAGGCAGGCAGCAGUCACAGAGGCCCUGAUAAUGAAGAGCAAGGACAUCUCCUCAGAGCUUAGCAUCGAUGAAAAUUGCCGUCUGAAUGCCAAACUCACAGGUAUCCAGGAGGAGAUUAAGGCUAUUAUCAGCCGUGAGAGAACAAACCGCCUGGAGCUGGAGGAGUUGCUGAAAGAAAAGGACUCCUCACAGAAGAACUGGACCUCAAUUGAAAAAAAGCUUAGGCAGAUAUCAUCAGACUUAAAGAAAUGUGGCCUUCCCAUAACUAAAGACUCACUCAUGUACUUGCAGCCCUUUAAACACAUGAUUCUAGAGCUGAGGUGCCAGGUGGAUCAACUACACAACUGCUCUGAUGAAAAUAGAAAAGAGUUGCUGUGCAUCAUUGUUGAAUUGCAGAACAAAAUUGACAAAAUGUGUGCGAAGUCUUCUGAACACGAGAAGUUCUUAUGCUACAGGCAGCAGAUUGAUGGCUUGAAAGAAAGCGUGGAAGCACAGGUCCUACAGAUGAAGGACCAAAACGUCAAUCAGGAGGACCAGUAUAUUGCUGGUCUGGCUCUCCUUAUCCAGUUCCCACUGAUGAAGAGGCUGUGUCAGGAAGCCAUGGACCACCUACAGGAGAUCUCACCAGACCUAUAUCCAUCCCAGUUCAGCUUGGAGAGGCAGAAGAUUCAGGAGGCUUUGGAGAUCUUCUCCACCUGGGAAAUGACUGUCCAUAACAACAUCAGGAUACUGGAGUGGGAACUACUUAAGGCACUCCACUACCCUACAGAACGCAAGGCCCUGCUGAGCUUCCUAGAGCAGGCUGAAAAGGACAUGCAGCAGUCCUUCCUAGUGAGCCCCAGUGAGGAAGCCGUCACCCGAGAGCUGAAAAAGUGCUUGGCCCUCCAGAAAAAUGUAGAGGCCAGGAUUCUAAUGCUAGACGCCCUGGAGCACAAGAGUGAGGCAGGACAGAAGGGACCAUGGCAGACUGUUGGUGAUGUGGAGCUGCUGAAAGAGAAGACUUUGAAGGCCUGUCACCUGCGAAUGGAGAGCUUGUCACGCGCCCGGGAAGCACUGAGGAACUGCAGUGCCACCUACAGAGGUCUUAUUGGGCUUCUCCAAGAUGCCGAGCGUGUCGUCCUCCCUGGCCUCUGCCGGAUCGGGCCCUGCAGGGAUGUGCUUCAUAUUGUCCGGAAUGCUCUGGUCAGCUUGAAUGAGGAAUUCCAAGGCCACGUGGAGCAGUUGCAGGCGCUGGCCCCUCAGCAGGCUUCGCUCUUCCACGACCAGGCCGAGCAGCUCCAUCACAGGGUCCUGAGUCAGUUGCUGGUAUGGCUCUCUGUGAUCCUGGCCCAAGGUCAGCUUCAUCUGGAGGCCUUAGAGAGAUGUACAGAAAAGCAGGGUGUCUUUCAGUUGAAGCACGAAGAGACACUGCAGCAGCUGACGACCUCAGAAUCCAGGCUUUCAGAGUGCAUCUCGGACAAAGUGACCUCACUAAAGGAGUGUUUGGAUCAGCAAGAAAAAUUGCGGGUGCUGGUGCAGGACGUGGACUCACUGCAGGGGAGGUUAGCAGAGCUGCGGGAGUGGUGUCCACAUCAGGGGUGCAGUAGAACCAGAGCAGAGCUCAUUAACGCCACCUGGAGGCGGUGGGUGCGACUGCAGCGUUCCACCCAUAACCUCCGCGCACGUUCAGAGCAACGAGCCUUAGAGUGGAGGAACGUCGACCAGAGCGUGGACAGGGCUGUCACUGUGCUGGACCAGUUGUGUCAUGAGCUACCAGACAAACGUGGCCAGGCGGCCUCCCCAGAGGAGCCGCAGGAGCUGCUGGCACACGUGGAGCAGUACCUGGAAAGGCUGGACUGCGAGCACCGGGCCCUGACCGCCCUGGAACUGCAGGUAGCACGUCUCCUGGGAGUCCCCGCCCACCAGGAACAGACUCCGCCCAUCGUCCUCUGCCAGAAGCUGCAAAUGAUGCAGGACCAAUACAAAGACCUGAAAGAGAGAGGCAUGCUGGACCGUCGGGCUGCACAGAUGGAGGUACAGGAGCGAGAGCGAGUGAAAGAGGAGAUCCAGGGCAUUCAGGAAUGGUUGCUGAGGACCUCGUCCCUCCUCUCCGUGCAGGAGCACACUCAUAACUCCCAGGAGCUGCAGGACAUCCAGGCCAAUCUGGGCUCCCAGAAGGCCUUGCUGCAGGGCAUCAUGGAUGGCCUGCAGAUGAAGUACUCGGAAAUGUACACCUUGGUUCCUACGGAGAUCGAAGCACAGCUACAGGAGGCCACGCGCUCCCUGCAAGAGGUGGAGCAGAAGGUGGGAGAGGUAGUAGAGAAGAACAGUCCCCUCCGCAGGCUGGCUGACAGGGAGGCUGAGAUCCGGGAGGGUUUGCAGUCAGUGCUGGCCAUACUGGAGCAGCAGAGCUCCACAGCAUCAGAGGCUGAGAGUAUGCUGAAGCGUGUAUGGGACGAGCUGGAUCUCUGGCACUCCUGCAUGGUGGCACUGGAGGUGGAGGUGCAGGAUCUGUUGGAGGAGCAGCCUGAGGAGGGCCAGCUGCUGAUGGAGAAGCUGAUGGAGAUACAGCAGCUCCACCAGCGUUUUGCUAAACAGGCUGAACAGAGGACCAGCUUCCUGGGCAAGGUCCACACUUCUCUGAAGGAACAUGAAGAGAUGAUCAGGAGCUCCAACUGCUGGCUGAUUGAGGCUCAGUCCUGGCUGGAAGCGCCAUCUGUCUACAUCACAGCUAAGUGCCUCAACAGCCAUGCUUCCGCCCUGCAGAGCAUCCUGAACGACUCAGAACAGGUGAGAAGGACUCUUCAGGCCUUCAUGCUGGUGCUGCAGGAGAUCUCUGCAGUGUGUGACACGGCUGCUCUGGAAGAGCAGCUUACCCAGGCUGACCAGAGGGUCGCCGCCAUGCAGCAAAGCAUUGUGGGUCCACAAUCUGAGCUUGAUCGUGCCGCAACAGAGGUGGAUGCCAUGGAGACGAAGAUGAAGAUGAUGGAAAAAACCAUGGAUGAGGUCAGGUCUGCCUUCUCCAUUGACAGUGUGGCCACCCUCAAUCCAGAGGACCAGCUUAGGGCACAACAACAGGUGGCUCAGGACACACUCCAGGCAAUGAGGAGGACCAUCACUGACAUAGAGAUGUGCAAAGGGAAUCUGCGUCUUCCGGAAGGGGCCAGUGAGACCCUGAGCGUCUUCCAAACGGCGAAACAGCUCCAACUGCAGAUACAAGGUCUUGAGCAGGAGCUCAGUGAGCGGAGCGCCACUCUGCAGGCGGCUGUCAGCGUAGCAGCAGCAGAGCAGGAUGAGCCAGUGGCAGCGACCAGCCCAGCAGUGCCAGCUCAGGGCCCUGUUUUGGUGGAAUCCGAGGAGAGUGAAAUAGAGGAGGGUCAGAUCCACAUUGUGCACCUGGAGGAGGCGCUGAUGAAAAGCGGGGCGUCACUCCGGGUCGUGGAGGAGUCAAGCCCUGAGCAGAGGAUGCACUGGAAUGCUGAGAGGGUCAGCAUAUAUGAGGAUGCUCUCACGGGUGAGGAGCAGAUUGCAGUGCCAGGUGGCACUGCUGAGCUCACAGGCGAUGUGACCGAGCCCUGCCCUGAGGGUGGAACCAAGAUCAUAGCGGCAGUCCUGCUCCCAGCUGCUGCAGGCAUGGAAGAAGCCCGGCCCGAGCCUGCAGCCACAGGCAGCCAAGAGUCCCUCUCUCAGUGCCUGGAGCUCAUGGGACACAGUAGGCUUGCAUGGAGGGGGGCAGAAUGCCAGCCAGGGGGGCUGAAGAGACACGGCCUGGGCUCUGGCGCUGUAAAGCCACUCAGGGACGCAGUGCCUGCCACACACACACACUUGGGGGCACGUCUGACGGAGGUCUGGGACGAGGCCAUAGCCAGCAGAGACACACACUUGCGGGUCUCGCUCAUGUUCUCCGACGGCGGGGAAAUGCCAGGCCAGCAGUCACCUGAUGCCAAAGCCAACACCCUGUCUCCAGACCGUGAAACUGCCCCUGAGGAUCUUGUGUCUGCCCCAACGGCGAAGGACAUGCAUACAACAACCAAAAUCAUGCAUCUAGGCACUAAUUACCAGGCUACAGUGCCUAGGGCUCCUAAGGUGACUGACACUGACCCCCAGGCUACAGCUCCCAGGCUACCUAUGGAGACUGACACUGAUCACCAGGCUACAACUGAUACUGGUCACCAGGCUACAGCCCCCAGACUGCCUACAGAGACUGUUGCCGACCACCAGGCUACAGCCCCCAGACUGCAUAUGGAGACUGAUGCUGACCACCAGGAUGUGGCUCCUACACCCACACAGUCCUUUGACACCUCCCACACCCAUGCAGUGCCCGGCGACUCACUCAGUCCUUCCCAGGAGGAUCCAGUUGCUGCACCUCCAGCUGCUGACCUGACCUCAAAGGAGCCUCACCCUGCCCUGGAGGGCCUUCAGGUGUGCCGCCACCAGGCCACCCAGUUGGAGCACUGGCUGGAAGGGGCUCGCCGCAGCCUGAGCGUCCCGCCACCAGCCACUGGAAUGCAGGACGGCAUAGAGCAGGAACUCCUCACCUGCCAGGAAAUGUUUCGGGAGAUAGAGCAGAAGGUGACGAGCCUGUCGGCCCUGGGCCAGGAAGACGCUCUGGAGCUCUCUGCCAAGCUGAAGCUUCUGAAGAACAGUCUGGUCACCUUCCAGGUGCAACUUCUGGACAGACACAGCCUGGAGCCGGUACUGCUGUGCUCGCGAGAAACACAGGCACCCGGACAAACAGCUAAUGCAGAGUGCCCCCUAGAGGAUGGGAUGAAGCAUAGCACAAGCGUGCAGGAGAUGUUGGCCUCCUCUAAAAGCAAACUCAUCCGACAGAACAGCCUACAGCAGCAGAGGGAGCUGGAACAUGAGCUGAGUGAGCAGAGAGACCUGACCAAGGCCAUCGUCCAGCAUGGCAGAAGAACUCGUCAGCAGGGCCUGACGGGGGAGAGGCCGACGAAGGCGUCCACCACAGCCCAGGCCCAGGUCCCUGGUGCUUCUCCCAGGCAGUCCAGUGUGGCUGAGAACCAGGACAAAUGGACCCACCUUCAUGGGCGCCUGACUCACACACUUCAGGCCUUGGAAGACAGCAUCCGUGAGGUUCCCCAAGAGGUGUCGAGGACAGCGCUAGGUGCCACCCAGAGUGUGCCGGAGAUGGCAAGUCACGUGAUGCAUCUCAGGGAGCUCAGCCACGCCUUGAGUGUGUCACCAGCACAAGCGAGCCUCAUUCAGCUGGAGCAGGACCUUUUUAAGACUCUGUGUGGGGUGGACCUGUCCCUCUGCUGUGCUAAUGACCUGCUACUGUCUCCUGGCGAUGGGCCUCAUGAGAUGAAGCAGCUCCAGAGUCUGGCCGCGGAGCUGGCUGUCCUCAGCGGGGAGCUGGCUGCUCAGCAGUGGUCAGAGGCGGACCAUGUCCUUGUACUGGUGGUCCCUGGAGCAUCUCUCUGUUUGAGGAGUCUGCAGGACCAUCUGAUCACCGUGCAGACGGCCCUCUCCUCUCGACAGACCCUGCUGCAGGUCCAGGUGGAACGCACAGACCAGUGCCAGAAAGACAUAAAGGCACUGCAUGCUUCCCUGCUCGCUAAAAUGUCCCAUUUGCACAGAGCGAUUAGCGGAGCCACUGGCUGCAGCCUUACCGAGCAGCUACAGACAGCUGCGCAGCUGCUGUCCGAGCUGCAGUCACAGGAGCAUCAAGUGUCUGCGGUGAGGGAGAGGCUGGAUGGUCAGUGUCAGCCAGCUAUUCUCCUGGAGGAGGUCUGCAGGCUGGAGGAUGUGCUGGAGGGAGCCUGGGCCUUCCUACGCGGCCAGGAGCAGCAGCUGAGGAGCAAGUGGUCUCUGCAAAAUCAGUACCACAGGCUGAUCCAGAGUCUGUCCAGGCUGGUGGAGCUGGGCCGCGAGCAUCUGUCCUGUAACUCGGGGUCUGAGCUGCGCAGCCAGGCGGAGCUGCGCAGCCGGCUGGACCGACACAAGAGACUCUUUCAGGCUAUUGGCUCCCAGCUGGUGCUGCUGGAGCACCUCACCGCGAAGCUGCCGGAUGGUGUGGGAGCGGAGCUGGAGAGCCAGAGGGUGCAGCUGGAGAGGGACGUGUGCAGUGUGCAGGACCAGGCUCUGGAGCACGGCACCCACCUGGAGUUCUUGCUGCAGUCCUGGCUGCAGUGGGAGCAGGGCUGUGAUCAUCUGCGACGGCUGCUCCACGACGUGGAGGCAAAUGUGUCUGCUGAGUCGUUGGCAGAAGAGUCAGAAGAACAGCUGCGUCAGAGGCUUGGCAUUCACCAGCAAAUGAAAAGAGUCCUGGAAAUGAAUACACCCCAGCUGUGUCAGGUGCUGGAAUUGGGGAGGCGAAUGACAGCUAGGGGUGGCUGCGGAGCAGUGGGCACAGCCAGCUGUGAACUGGAGACGCUCUGGAGGGAUGCACUGGGAAGACUAGAAAGAGAGAGGCAGCAUGCUGAUGCACUCCUGAGCCUCUGGAGCAGCUUCCGCCAUGACUCAGAGGCCUUAAGAGAGUGGGUGGGCGGAGCCACAGGCCGUCUACACACAUGGAGGAAGGACCUGGGCUUGGCGCCACAGGACCCGGAAAUUGUCCAGACUCGUCUGGGCCAGGUGAUGGAACUGUCCAAGACGGCAGAGUCCAGGUCCUUCCUGAAGGCAUCAGUGCUGAAUGCCGGCAUGCAGCUGCUACAGCUGAAGUAUACUGAUGUCACAGCCCUGCGUGCGCAGUUGGCGCAGAUGGAGCAGUCGUGGACUGAGCUGCUGUCCGACCUGCACGCCGUCCAGGAGAAGCUGCAUCAGCUGUUGAUGGAGCAGCUUCCAUCCCAGGAAGUCGUGCUGGAGCUGGAAGCCUGUAUCCGCCAGAUGGAGGCCAAGCUGGGGGAGAAGCUGGACUGGGGGCCCGCCUCCUCGGCGAGCCUGUCACAGGUCCUCAAGCACUACAAGGAGAUUAAGAUAGAGAUGACUGGUCACCAGCUCUCCAUAGACUUUGUCAACCAGUCCUUGCUGCAGACCGGCAGCUCUAACCAUCAGGCCACACGCUACGAAGUUAUUCACUUUGCUGAGCAGCUUGGGGCCGUCAACCACCGCUGGCUUCUCCUACAGGGGGCGCUGGAGAGCAAGAUCCAGCAUGCGCAGCACCUGCAGCAGACCUGCGCAAAGAGGGAGCGCAGGCUGCAGCUCCUGCGUAGCUGGGUCAGAGCUCGCGGGGAGGGGAUGCCGUUGCUGGAGAAACCGGACGGCCUCUCGACGGCACUGAGAGCCCUGAAGGAGUGUGAGGAGGUCCAGGAGAAGCUGCCGCUGAAGUCGGCUGAGCUACAGGAGCUGAGAGAUUGCCUCCUUCCCCGGGAUGACGUGGGCCCACCAGGGGGUGACGGAGACUUUGCUUCACAAUUGGAUGCUGUUGGAGAGGAGCUCACAGAGCUGAGGCACCAGAUCGUCCCACUAAGGCAGGGCCUACAGCAGCUGCUGGAACUGUGGACCAGCUUCGAAGAGCGGCUGGAGGCGGCCUCCAUCAGCACGACCAGGGCUCGACACGGCCUGUACAGGAGCCGCGCUCUCAAGCUGUCCCUCCACAGCCUCCAGUGUCACGCCCGGCAGCUACAGGUCCUCCAGGAGGAGAUGGAGAGAGGCGGGGAGGCCUGGGACACCCUGACUGGGACCCUCUCUGCCCUCAGGGAGGUGGCAGCCCCAUCCUCCACACUCCUCUUGUCCCAGCAACUGGAGGGAGCGAGGAAAAGGUGGGUGGAGGUGGCCCGGGAGCUGGAGGAGGAGCGCCAGGAGGUGUCAGAGCUGCUCCUGUUGUGGCAGCACUUUGCCCGUCUCUCCGCCGCCUGCGCUCACCGUCUACAGGGCCUCCGGGAGCAAAGCCGCGUGGUGCUGGGAGGGUCGGCCCACGAUGGCGACGUCGUCGUGCCGCUUCAGGCUCAGCUGGAGGCCGUUAUUGGUCUCCAGGAGAGCUUGGAAGCCCUGCAGAGCAGCCUGGAUGAGGUCCUGGAGGCUUCAAAGAAGCCCACAGAGAUGAUGGGGCCCCAGGCGGCUGCCUUUGUCCAUUCGCAGAAGCGCACGCUGUCCCGCGGGGUCCUGCAGCUGGGAGAGGCCCUUUCCAGGAGACGGGAGCACCUACAGGAGGAGUUGAACCUGCUACAGGAGUUUGGCCAUAGCCUCGAGAUGCUGGAGCGCCCCCUGCAGGUCUGUGAGAGCCGCCUAGCCGGAUCCGUAGACCCAGGCUCCUCGGGCGUGUCCCAGGCUGAGUGGUUGGACCUGAUUUCCCUCACCCCUGACCUGGAUGCCCUGAACGAGCUGAGCCACACGGUGGCACCGAGUGACUCGGACGUCCGCAGGCUUCGGGUUCUGAACAGGAAGUGGGCGGAGGCCGCCUCGCGUGUCGUCGAGAGGUGCAGCCAGCUCCAGGACGAGCUGCUGCACUGGCAAAACUUCCAGGAGAAGUGUGCAAGCUGGAUGGCCUUCCUGCAGAGCUUGGAGGACUGCCUGGCUGUGCCCAUCGCCGGCUCCUACUCUGAGCUGCGGGCUCAACUGCGCGUGCAUCAGAGGUUCCAGGUGGAGGUCUCCUUAGGACACCAGAUCCUGCACUCUGUUGUCAACGAGGCGCUGUGGGUGCUGGAGAGGGGGGAGGUCGAGGACAGAAGCGACUUCCUCCUGAAGCUGUCCCAGCUGCGUCAGCACUGGCAGGGCGCAGUCCAGCGUGCCCAGCAGCGCGGCGGCCUAGUGGGGGCGCUGGUGGGCCACUGGCGACUGUAUACCCGCAGCCUGUCCAAACUGCGGGGGCUGCUGGCUGACACGCAGGCCCUCCUGCCCCCCGCUGGCCCCGUCCACUGCAGCCCAGAGCAGCUGCAGAACUCCCCGGACGACCUUAAGCAUGCAGAGAUGCUGUUCCAGCGGCACCAGAGCGCCUACGCGCAGACGCUGGAGCUCGGUCAGCAGCUCUUCUUCAUGGGAGACACACAGACGCAGGCGCAGCUGCAGACGGAGCUGGGCUCCCUGCAGGAGGACUGGGAGCACACCAGUUGUAUGCUGGGAAAAAGGAGGACUCUCUCUGACACCAUACUGCAGGGGCCCACGAGCGACAGUGAGACGGCGUACGGGAUCAGCCUUACACUGCAGAGUCUACUUUUCUCCCUGACCCACAUCCACCAGGCAACUGUUGUCACGGGAACAGAUCACAAAGCUUCCCUAAUCGCACCAAGGACCAGAGUAGAUUUUGACAUUAGCAAGAAUGAGACAGUGGGGGGCAAUCACAGGAUGGGAAAGGGGCAUUCUGGGAAAAUGGCCGUGUGGAACAAAACCUGGGAGCGGUUCGGGGCCGGGCUGGCUGACAGCGAGCGGGAGCUGCUGGGAGCGAAGGCCAAAGCCACGGAGACACUGCCAGGGGCAUGGGAGGAGCUGCAAGCGGAGGAGCAGCUGACCAAGGAGGUCGAGAGCUCGCUGGAGGACUGGGCUCGCAGGCUGACGGAGCUGGCCACCAUGAAGACAGACCUGUCCCAGUACAUCGUGGCUGAGGAUGAGGCUAUACUGGGAGAGCAGGUGGAGGGCCUGCACCAGCAGUGGGAGGACCUCUGUCUGAAGGUGUCCCUGCGCAAGCAGGAGAUUGCCGACAGACUCAACGCCUGGAUCAUUUUCAAUGAGAAGAACAAGGAGCUUUGCGAAUGGCUGACGCAGAUGGAAAACAAGGUGGCGCACAGCACGGAUCUCAGCAUCGAGGAGAUGGUGGAGAAGCUGAAGAAGGACUGCAUGGAGGAGAUCAACCUUUUCAGCGAGAAUAAGACCCACCUGAAGCAGCUGGGGGAGCAGCUGAUCCAGGCCAGCGACAAAGCGAAGGUGGCUGAGGUCAGCGAUAAGCUGGCGGACGUCAGCGACCGCUGGCAACACCUCUUUGACCACAUAGAGGCCAGGGUGCGGAAGCUGAAGGACACGCUGGUUACUGUGCAGCAGCUGGAAAAAAACAUGAGUAACCUGCGCACCUGGCUGUCCCGCGUGGAGGCGGAGCUGGCCACGCCCGUGGUCUACAGCGUCUGCCACAGUGACGAGAUCCAGAGGAAACUGGUAGAGCAACAGGAACUGCAGAGGGACAUCGAGCAGCACACGGAGGGCGUGGCGUCGGUGCUGACCCUGUGCGAGGUGCUGCUGCGUGACACGGACGCCUGCAGCACCGAGACCGAGAGCGAGUCCAUCCAGGAGACGACGCGCAGCCUGGACCGCCGCUGGAGGAACAUCUGCGCCAUGUCCAUGGAGCGCAGGAUGAGGAUCGAGGAGACGUGGAGGCUGUGGGUCAGGUUCCUGGACGACUACUCCCGUUUCGAGGACUGGCUGAAGAUGUCAGAGGUCAUCGUGGCAAACCCCAAUUCUGCAGACAUCUUGUACACCACUGCCAAAGAGGAGCUGAAGAAGUUUGAGGCUUUUCAGAGGCAGAUCCAUGAGCGCCUCACACAGCUGGAGCUGGUCAACAAGCAGUAUCGGCGCCUGGCCCGGGAGAACCGCACCGACACAGCCUGUAGGCUCAAGCUCAUGGUCCAGGAGGGGAACCAGCGGUGGGACAGCCUGCAGCGGCGUGUGACCGCCAUCCUGCGCAGACUCAAGCACUUCACGUCUCAGAGGGAGGAGUUUGAGGGCACGCGGGAGGGGCUUCUGGUGUGGCUGACCGAGAUGGACCUUCAGCUCACCAAUGUGGAGCACUUCUCCGAGAGCGACAUACACGACAAGAUGCGGCAGCUCGACGGCUUCCAGCAGGAGAUCACUCUCAACACCAACAAGAUCGACCAGCUGAUUGUGUUCGGGGAGAACCUGAUCCAGAAGAGCGCGGCACUGGACGCUGUGCUCAUCGAGGAUGAGCUGGAGGAGCUGCACUCCUACUGCCAGGAGGUGUUUGGCCGCGUGGCCCGUUUCCACCAGCGGCUCAUCAGCCGCCGGCCGGUUCUGGAAGAGGAACGGGACACGGAUUUGGAGGACUCCAUGGAUCUGUCCGGGGACUCCUGGCAGGAGGAGGGCUUGGCCGUGGUGGGCCGCCACACCGUGUGCCAGGUGUUGGUGCCGCCCCUGGAGCCCUCGGGCCGGGAAACUCCCGCCAGCGUGGACUCCAUCCCGCUGGAGUGGGACCACACGGGCGAUGUGGGCGGCUCCUCCUCGCCCGAGGACGAGGACGACGUCACGUUCUACAGCACCCUGUCAGAUGUAGAAAUCACUGAAAGCCCAGAGUCCUUUGUACAGGCGACUGCCAAAUCUCUGCAGGCAGCCCUUGGGAAGUCCAUGAGUGAGCCUCCCACGUGGCACACACCGGAGUCCCGCAGAAGGAACACUCUGCUCAGAAACAGCAUGCAAAGGCUGGCCUCCCAUGACCCGCCAAGCAGCACACCCUACCAGCAGGGCUAUGCCAAGCUGAUGCUGGAGUGCAGUGGGAGCAUCGACAGCGUGAAGCGUGUGAAGAGGAUGCUGAGCGGCAGUGACCAGGAGGGGGAGCCGGGGCUCACCGGGCUGGCCAGUGUGGACAAGCAGACAGGGGUGAUCGAGCGCUGGGAGCUGUUAGAGGCACAGACACUGAACACCGAGCUGUGCGGCCAACGGGACGUCCAGCAGGGGCAGCAGCGAGCCUGUGACUUGAGCGCCAUCACAGCCUGGCUGGGCCGGGUGCUGCCUGAGCUGGAGAGUGAACUGGGACGGGAAGGACCCAGCAGCAUCCAGGACAUGGAGGCCAGCAUCAGGAAACUCAAGGAGAUGCAGAAGGCCUUUGAGAGCUACAAGGCGGUGAUGAUUUCUGCAAACCUGGGAGCCGGCGACCUCCAGCAGGCCAGCGCCGUGGACGGCGGGGAGCUACAGGAGCUCCAGCAGAGCUUGCGUGACAUGAACCGGGACUGGGCUCGGGCCUGCGCCUGCCUGGAGGGCUGGGGGCAGCGGCUGCAUGCUACCCUCAUGGAGUGCCAGGAGUUCCACGAGACCCUCCACGGCCUGCUUCUGCUGCUGGCCCACGUGGAGAGUCGGCGCUACAGCGUGGACAUCCAUGACCCCUUGCUGGAGCGCCGCAGGCUGCUGGAGCAGCACGCCACCCUCAGGGGUCUGGAGGGGGAGCUGCUGGGGCGGCGGGAGCAGGUCCGCGCUUUGCAGGAGAUCUCUUCCCAGCUACUGGUGGAUGCCUUGGGUGAAGAGAGCACCGAGGCCAAGGAGAAGGUGCACGUCAUCGCCAACAAGCUGCGGCUGCUGCUGCGGCAGGUGGCGCACGACCUGUGCACGCUGGAGGCGCGGUUGGAGUCCUGGUCUCCCGGCUCACGCACAACAGGAGGCGGGUUCAGCGACCAAGGACCAAUCAGCAUCCAGUUUUCGCGACCUAAGGAGGCAGGAGGAGGCAGAGCCACUGAGGCGGACUCCCCGGCCGGCCAAAGGGUCAUGAAGAGGGACCCGUCCCCGCCACGCUCAUUCUUCUUCCGCGUGCUCCGUGCCGCCUUCCCGCUGCACCUGCUGUUCCUCCUGCUGCUGGUGCUGGCCUGCCUGGUACCGCUGUCUGAAGAGGACUACAGCUGUGCUCUCUCCAAUAACUUCGCCCGUUCAUUUUACCCCAUGUUACACUACACCAAUGGACCCCCUCCCACGUGAGCCACGGAAAUCCCAACCCGGACCCAGCCACGUCCCCAAAGUCUGUGAGACAACCAUUGCUGCCCUAUGAGGAUUCGGGAUGGGACCUUUAUGUGGGACGUCUCCGUCACAAAGACAGAACAGAUAUUAUCCCGGCAGUGAGUUCCCUUGGCAGUUUUUAUGGCUGAAAGCAUUUUUUACAACCGUGUUCAAACUGAUCAUUUGCUUCUAUUCAUUUCUGUUUAGAAAUGAUGUAGAAUCCAGUCUUUUUUCAUUUCUUCACUUUUACAGGAAGUUCUAAGGGGUGGCUGUUGGACUAUAAUUAUGUCCACACAGAUUACAAGUAUAUCAAUCAUUCUUUUAACCGAAGUUACACUUUUUACCCAUUUUAGACUUUUUAUGUCAUCAUUUAUGGGUUUUAGAAGGCUAAUCCUCUUAGAUGUUAACCGUGAAGUUUUACUGGGUGACUGUAGCCUUAGAAUGACAGAAUGCCUUGUGAAACACAGCAUGGUCAGUGAGACAGAACAUGCUGCAUGUAGCACACAAAUCAGAGUGUUAAGGCACACAUCGUUUCAAAAUUAUUUCUUCAGUGUGUUCUAUUUAUGAGUGCAAAUUUUAUAUCAAGGGGAAGGUGCUAAAUGGUGUGUUAUCAGUAUGUCUCUGUGAGCUGAAGACAAAGCCGUUGAAUGUAAUGGAUACAAAAGGGUGAGACUACAAUGUGCCAGAAGUCAUGGUGGUGAAGAGCAAUGCUAGAUGCCCGUGUGCCCGCAAGGGGUGGCCGGAGUAGCCAUCAGACCACCCACUGCUGGCGAAUGGAGGCGGAUACAUUGACACUCCCUUGAAUUCCAUUCAUAUUCGAGCAGAAAACCUAUUAUUCAGUCAGGAGAAACUGUGUGUCUCUCAAGCUUGUUGAUUGUAAAUAUAAUCUGUGUGGCACUUUGUGUACACCCGAAGUAACUAGAUGAACAAAUUCUAAAUAAUAGUGUGUACAGUGUAUGACUUUAUUUUUGAAUCAUAAUUUAUGGGAUGUACAGCGUAAGCCCUUUUUACUCAACAAUAAAUAUUGUUUGCCAUGAA